AUGGCAGGACAAGUUUAUAAGGAUAAGGCUACAUUGAAAGAGGUGAUGGAGAAUUAUGCUAUCGCUCAAAGGUUUCAAUUCCGGGUUGAUCGGUCUAAUGCUGUCAGCUAUGCAUUAUUAUGUAUUUCAGAAGAUUGUGAAUGGACGUUUAAGGCUUCAAGCAUUAACAAAUCAGAACUAUUCAAGCGGCAGGCUAGUAGCAGCCUUAUAGGUGGUAUUAUAAGGCCAAAGCUUACAAACCAUAAGAGGAAAUACACUCCGAGGGACAUUAUUGAUGAUGUGAAAUCAGAUUUAGGUGUAGAUGUUAGCUACAUGUUGGCGUGGAGGGCUAAAGAAAAGGCAAUGAAUUUUCUUAGAGGUGAACCGGCUGAUUCAUACAAAAAAUUACCAGGAUACUUAUAUACAAUGGAUAUGACAUAUCCAGGUUCCCACAUCAGAAUGGUAAAAUCGCCAAAGAAUGAGUUCAUGUACGUGUAUAUAUCAUUGUAUGCCUUUAUAAGGGGGUUUGAUCAUUGUAGACCAAUUGUUGUUGUGGAUGGAAGUCACCUAAAAUCUUACUACACCGGUACAUUCGUUUCGGCAAGCACGUUGGAUGGUGCAGGUCAUAUAUUACCACUAGCAUAUGGUGUUAUUGAUUCAGAGAACGAUGCUGCUUGGACGUGGUUCUUUGAGCAAUUCAAGAUAGCAUACGGUGUUAGGGAAAACAUGUGCAUCGUUUCAGAUAGAAAUGAGAGUAUCAUUAAAUCUGUAUCGAGAGUGUAUCCGGAUGUACCGCAUUUUGCUUGUAUAUGGCAUCUGUGGAACAAC